ACGACAAACGUUGCUUUACGUGAUGACGUGGAAUAACGACGUGCCUCUCCAGGAUCAAAACAGACGUUCCCCUCAGAUCAAAAGAACCGGAGAACCAGCUGCAGCCAGAUCACUUCAGGGGAACAUUUAACUCCUUUUACGGCCUUUUAUUCUCACUUUACCGCUCUUAUCUGAUGUCCACAACUCUGACACAAGUACGCAAGUAGUGCUUCAGUUCAUCCGGAGAACCCCGACACUUGGGGUUGAACGCUUCGCCGGAUCCCGUUGGGCGAGGAGAUCGAGGAGCGGAGAGUUAAACCAUGGAGAGCCUGCACUCCCACUGCAUGAAAUGCAUCAAGAGACGGUGCAUGGUGCGCCCAGAGCCGGGGGUUUGCUGCGAUCUGAUUGGCUGCCCUCUGGUCUGCGGGGCGGUGUUUCACUCCUGUAAACUGGAGGAGCACCGGCUGCUGUGUGCCUACGAACGUCUGCCCUGCAUCAACAGAGGCUUCGGAUGCCCUUUCAAUAUCACCCGCAUCCACAUGGCCAAACAUCUGGAGAAGUGUCCGGCUAGCAUCGUUUGUUGCACCAUGGAGUGGAACAGGUGGCCCGUUAGCUACGCAGACCGGGAGUCCUACGAGAAUCUGAGCAAAGACUUUGACGAGGUGGAGCAGCUGGACAUGGCUCUGGCUCUGCAGGACCAGAGGAUGCUGCUGGAGUCUCUGAAGGUCACCACCACCGUGUCCAAGGACAAGGACCACAAGAAAAUGUCCAACGGGGCGUCAAACGUACCUGAGGUGGUGGAGAUGGAAGAGGAGAAAGAGGAGGAAUCUGUGUAUAACGGGGGCUUCAGAGCCUCCUUGGAAACCAGCAGGAGUUUAGCCGCCGCUCUGGACAUCCUCACCAACUCCAAGGACAUCGAAGUGAUCGUGGGGGGGUUGAACGGAGGGAAGAACGGAGGGAAGAGCCAUGUUUACCCAGCAGAAGGGGGGAAGAACGUGGACAUGAAGGAGGAGGAUUCAGACUCAGAUUGUGAGCUAGGAGCGGUGGGCGGAGUGGACUGUGCAGUUGGGACAGAAGAUUGGGUGGAGGAGAGAGACUUUGUGGAGCUUUUCUACGAGGAGAAAGAGGUGGAGAGCAUCGAUGAAGAAACCAUCGAGGAUUCCCAGUUGGUGUAUCCGGUACUUCCUCCGAACUCUCUUCCCAUGGCGCUGCUUUCUCAGGACUUCCUUCAAGCUCCUUUACUUCCUCCAAACUUCCUUCAAGCUCCAGUGCUUCGUCCAGACUUCCUUCCCGUGGUUCAACGACCUCCAGGCUUCCUUCCCGUGGUUCAACGACCUCCAGGCUUCCUUCCCGUGGUUCAACGACCUCCAGGCCUUCUUCCCGUGGUUCAACGACCUCCAGGCCUUCUUCCCGUGGUUCAACGACCUCCAGGCCUUCUUCCCGUGGUUCAACGACCUCCAGGCCUUCUUCCCGUGGUUCAGCGACCUCCUCCAGCGACCCCGGUGCCCUUCCGUCUGUCAGACCACGUGAUGCGUAACGGCUUCCUGCAGCACCUCCCCUCAGAGUUACGGUUCCGCUGCCUGGAGAGGAAGCUUCAGAGCGUGGAGGUUCUCCGGGGGAUCAGCAUGUUCACUUUUAACGGCCGCCGGGCACUUCUAUCCGACCCCUACUUGUUCCGAGCCAAAAUGGAGGACAAGUCUGUGGACACGUCGGAUUUGGAGGUGGCGGACGACCCGAUGGGGCUUCACGGCAUCGACUUAAUCACCGCUGCGCUUCUUUUCUGCCUCGGCGACUCCCCGGGGGGUCGUGGAAUCUCCGACAGCCGCUUCGUGGACGGAUAUCACAUUGAUUUCGGCACCCAGACGUUCUCCUUCCCCUCCGCUAUCCUCGCCACCAACACAAUGGUUGGAGACGUGUCUUCGGCGUCCGCUUGUGAUCACGCCAACCCCCAACUCUCCAACCCGAGCCCGUUCCACACGCUGCGUCUGGACCUGGUUCUGGAGUGCGUGGCUCGAUACCAGACAAAACAGCGUUCUAUGUUUACCUUUGUCUGCGGGCAGCUGUUUCGACGGGACGAAUUCUCCUCGCACUUCAAGAACGUGCACGGGGAUAUCCACGCGGGUUUGAACGGAUGGAUGGAGCAGCGUUGUCCUCUGGCGUAUUACGGAUGCACGUUCAGUCAACGUCGCUUCUGCCCCUCGGUGCAAGGUUUCCGGAUCAUCCACGACCGGCACCUUGGGUCCUUCGGGGUGAAACCAGGCCCCCCGAGGUGUCGCAGGAGGGUAGGGUGUGACGGGGAUCAGCUGAGCGGCCUUCCCUUCGAGGUGCUGCAACACGUGGCCUCCUUCCUGGACUCCUUCAGUCUGUGCCAGCUGUCCAGGGUGUCCCGCACCAUGAGGGAGGUGUGUGGCAGUCUGCUGCAGAUGAGAGGCAUGGUGGUGCUGCUGUGGAACAAGAUCAGGAGAGCGGACGGGUCCUCAUCGUGGCAGAUCACAGACAAGGUGUGGCGCUUCAGCACGGCGUUCGGCACGGUGAACGAGUGGAAGUUCGCCAACAUCGCCAGCAUGGCCGACCACCUGAAGAAGUGCAAGUUCAACCAGAUCACCAGACGAGAAGAGGCCGUGCCGCUGCCCUGCAUGUGCUUCACCAGAGAGCUCACCAAGGAGGGCCGGUGCCUCAGAUCCGUCCUCAAACCUGUGGCGUGAAGACCACGACGUUUCUCCCUUGUUUACAGACUCUGUGACGCACAUUCACUGAAGACGUUGUUUCCUCCAGUGACUACAGACUCUCAGAUUCACCGCCUCCUUUCUGAGGGGGCGACUGAAGACGUUGUGUUAGUAACAACCUUUUUUAUUUUUAUAUCAAAGAGUCAGCGAGCUCUCAGAGGAACCGCCUCCUGAUCUCCUGUCAGUCACAUUUCUACAAGUUAGAAUAAUUAUACUGAUCCCUAAUCUGGAGAUCUGACUUCCCCUCGGACUCUGAGACUCUGGGAUGCACAUUUUAAAUAUGUUCUGACAAUUUGUACACAAAACUAUGAACAUCUCAACAGUCCGCAUCAAGCUUAAAAUAAAGGCCUCUUGACUGUUGGCUGUCCUCCAGAAGAGGAUUUGGGCCACGUGUAAAAACAAUUAUACAAAUCUGACCAAAAGUGAUUUUAUUUUACGUUUUCAGAAAAAAAGUCGGAAUACUUUUUUGCUCAGAAUUCACACUUUUGAUCAGAUUAUUUGUGUGGCUCUAAUCCUCUUCCUUAUCAACCGCAAAUCUAAAAUAAUGAUAAUAAUUCAAACGUCUGCUUUCAGUGAUUAUUCUGGGUCUUCUCAUACUCGCCAACACCUGGAAUAAAAUUAAUAAUUAAAGCAGCAUUUUUUUUAAAUAAUGUUCCCUAAACUCUGUGAUCAUGCUAAGCUAACACUAGCCUUGGGUCGUUCUCUACAGCCAUGAAUGUCAGUGAGUGCCGGACCUCAUUAACCCUGCAGGACAGGGACACACACACACACACAGUAGUUCACACACUCUGUAUUUAGCUUGUUGCUGCUGCUGUCUCAGGGUCGCAGCAGAUACAGGUGUGGGGGCGGCGGUGGCGAAGUCGAUAGGGACUUGGCUUGGCAACUGGAAAGUCACCAGUUCAAGUGCUACCGAGGUGUCCCUGAGCAAGGCACCGUUCCCCACACUGCUCCGAACACAGGAUGGGUCGAAUGCAGAGAAACCGUUUCCCCACGAGGGGUUAAUAGAAGUCCAUCUUAUCUUAGAGACAGGUGUGAGAGCAGUAUUAGAGCAGGGGGUGAUAUGUUAAAUAUAUAAUAUAGAUAUCAUGAAACACCUGAACGUGAGAAAAUCUAAUGUUUUACAGAAACUGACUGUAAAGAAAAAAAAAGUGUGAUUUUUGUUUUUAUAUUUUUUUUAAGUUUGACGUUUUGUUUGUUUUGUACCGGUACUUUCUGUGUGUGUGUUUUGGAUCUGAAUGACGUGUUUGCACAUGAAGGCGUGGACCGUAAGACUUUAUAUUUGUGACGUAGCAGGACGUUUCUGUCCCUCCAGUUUCUGCAUGUGUUUGGUUUCAGUUUACACGUUUUCUUUCUCUCUCUCUCUCUCUCGUAACCUGUAUCACCUCCAGACUCGCUCUCUCUCGCUCUCGCUCUCUCUCUCUCUCUCGCUCUCUCUCUCUCUCUCUCUCUCUCUCUCGCUCUCUCUCUCUCUCUCUCUCAGGCACCGUGAAGCACAUUUUCAUAUUAACUCUAAAUAUUUUUUAAAUCACGUUUUCCUCUGGAGCCCUGUUGGAUCCUCUGAGGACCAGCAGCACCUCUGGAGCCCUGUUGGAUCCUCAGAGGACCAGCAGAGGACCAGCAGCACCUCUGGAGCCCUGUUGGAUCCUCAGAGGACCAGCAGAGGACCAGCAGCACCUCUGGUUUUUUAAUAAUGCAGACUUUGUGUGAAGCAGAUAUUUGUAAUUUAAUAAAGACUCAGUUUUUAAACCUUGA